AUGGCGGGAGGAAUGAAAGUGGCGGUCUCCCCGACAGUUGGUCCCGGGCCCUGGCGCUGGGGGUCCCGGGGCGGUGGGGCCGUGCGGCUCCUCCUGGUCCUCUCGGGCUGCGUGGUUUGCGGCGCAGCUGGAGCUGGUGUUCAUGUCGUCAUGCUUCAGGAGUCCAAAGUUUAUUAUAGUAGCGACCAGCAGUUCUGUUACAAAAAUGUGCUUGUCCCAAAGUGGCAUGAUGUAUGGACACGGAUACAGAUUCGGAUAAAUAGUUCCAAAAUGGUACAAGUCACCCAGGUGGAGAAUGAGGAGAAGCUCAAGGAGCUGGAGCAGUUUAGUAUCUGGAACUUUUUUUCUUCUUUUUUAAAAGAGAAGCUGAAUGAUACGUAUGUUAACGUGGGUCUCUACAGCACCAAGACCUGCGUCCAAGUGGAGCUUGUGGAGAAGGACACUGAAUACAGUGUCAUUGUGAUCCGGAGAUUUGACCCCAAACUCUUCCUCGUUUUUCUCCUGGGACUUACGCUAUUUUUUUGUGGAGACCUGCUGAGCAGAAGCCAGAUUUUCUACUAUUCCACUGGGAUGAGUGUGGGAAUCGUGGCCUCUCUCCUAAUCAUCAUUUUUAUGCUCUCCAAGUUUAUGCCCAGGAAAAGUCCCAUUUACGUCAUCCUGGCGGGAGGCUGGUCCUUCUCUCUGUACCUCAUUCAACUAGUUUUUAAGAAUUUACAAGAUAUCUGGAGGUGUUACUGGCAGUAUCUUCUAAGCUACAUCUUCACAGUUGGAUUCAUGAGUUUUGCAGUGUGUUACAAGUAUGGGCCCUUGGAGAAUGAGCGAAGUAUCAACCUGCUGACCUGGGCCUUGCAGCUGAUGGGCCUGUCCCUCAUGUAUUCUGGCAUCCAGAUACCACACAUGGCCUUUGCCAUUAUCGUCAUUGCACUGUGCACCAAGAACCUGGAGUACCCUGUCCAGUGGCUGUACAUUACCUACAGAAAGAUGUGUAGGGCAGCAGAAACGCCUGUCCUGCCCCGCCUUCUGACAGAAGAGGAGUACCGGAUGCAAGGGGAGGUGGAGACUCGGAAGGCUUUACAAGAACUUCAGGAAUAUUGUAGAAGCCCAGACUGCCCUGCUUGGAAGACUGUGUCUCGAAUUCAGUCUCCAAAAAGAUUUGCUGACUUUGUGGAAGGCUCCUACCACCUCACCCCACACGAGGUGUCUGUCCAUGAGCAGGAGUAUGGCUUAGGGAGCAUGCUUGUCCAGAGUGAGCUCUUCGAGGACACGUCUUCGGAGGAGGAGAACUCAGGCCCUUUGUGCCCUGCGAUCACACAGAACAACUUCCUGUCUUAGUGGUGCUCAGUCAUUGUGCUGCGGACUGGCUUGGGAUCUGUGCGUUCCUUGUUGCACAUGGUGUGCAAUUGCUUCUCAGCCCUUUGAAACGGGGUGAGAUAGUGCAGAAAAUCUCUCCCUGAACUUGGAAGCUUGAUUCGGUCUCCCUCCGGCACUGGCCGAGGUGGUCUGUGUGGAACCUCUGGGAAGAAGGGUGGGUGAAGUAACAGUCUGCUGGCUUGGGUUCAGCUCUCAGCCCACCUUCUUAUUCCCAAGGAAGACGCUGGCUCGCGUGGCAUUCUGGGACCUCUCCGGAAGAACAUUCAUGGUUGGCACUCCUGCUUCUAAGAAGGGACUUCAUAGAAAAGUGAAAAAAUAACGACACUUCCCACAACCUUUUGCAAGGAAGCCUUUAUAUUUUCCCAAUCAGAUAACUUACCACUGCAGCUGACCCUCAGGAGUGAGUGGAGUUAUAACUACAGCAAUGACUUCAGACUCUAGGCUGGAUCUUUCAUAGAGAAAUCACAACUCUGAGCCUUUCGUACCUCUUAUCUCAGUGACUAGAAUCAGUCUUGAUGUAACCCUUCGUAGAGGAAGAUGAAUUUUUGUUUGUUGUGUUUUUGAAGCAAAUAGUAUAUAUUUUUGAAAUAUUGUCAAUGCACAUGCUGGAACGUGCAGGUGCCCCAGAGCGGGAAGUGCACAGACCCCUCUGUAGUUAUAACGGGGUUGGCCGCUGCAGCUCCAGGAGCGGGGUGCCGGUGAGCUCUGCUCUGAGGGCUGCCUGCCAAACGUUUGGGGAUGUGUCUGUAGGGUCUUUGGGCAAGGUCGACUGGCCGUGUCCUUCCUGUGUUCAGCUUUUCCUCCUCAGCCGCCUGCCUCCCUCUGUCUUUCCUGGGCGUGUGUGCCGUUGUUCCAGGCCUCAUCCCUGCCUGCUCUUGGUUUGUGGCAUUACUCACGCCAGCUCAGAGAAGCCGUCUUACGCUGGGGAUUUAGACACCUGGCCCAGGCGCUCUGUUUUGCCUCCGUGGGUCACAUAGCUUUUGGUUGCAAUGGAAUCAGGACAUAAUCUCCUUUCCCUUCCCCUUCCUUCCUUCGUCUGCUCAUCUCCUCAUUCCUCACAUCCUCUCAGCCUUUCCUCAACAUCUGUGCCCCUUUCAUCCUGUCGCCACUCCCCCACACACACAUCCGCCCCCUCAGGACAAAACCUGAGUUAUCAGCCCCGACACUGUCUGGAACAUUUCUUACUAUGCAAACUGUGCGUGCCAGGGGGUCAUUCACCUACCUGGAUCCAGGAUUGGACCCGCUUUUUCACGAUCCUCUACUUGUUUGCAGUUUUAUUUCUGAUUAGAGACUGACAGCACCUUUGAUUACAGGGCCACUAGUUUCACUUCACCACUGGAGGUCAUUGUGACCCUCCCUUGGCCAGGAGAGAGUUUGCUUACAAACCAGCAGUGUUUUUGUGAGGGGGCAGAUCCCCCCCUGGCUGCUCUUUGUUUGCUUCUCUCUACUGGAUCUGAUCUGCCCCCUUGGAGAAGGGGACGCUUGAUCACUUUGGCCAGUAGGGUAGACACUCCUGACAAGAGCACUCUUCAGGUUGAUUGGCUCUCCGUGCUGGGGGAAGCAGGCCUUCAUUUUUUUAAGAAGCUACAGUGACGCCUGCAGACCAGCCAUUUAGUGGAUCAUGUGGAAAGGCCCUGGGUUCCAUCGGCACCAAGAUCCCUCUUCAGGUGGCUGGUGGAUCAUUUCUUCCAGGUUUUUCGACAGCUUCAGACUGUUGUUGAGUGACAGCCACCUCAGUUGGCAGCAGAGAGACUCAAGACGGAAAGUGAAACAUGAGCAGUGUUGGGGCAGGUGCAACGGGAUGAGGUGGUAGGUUCAAGGAGGUUUAUACUGGGGAACCCCAGUGCCUUCAUGCAUUGUGUAUAUGGUAAAAUCCUAUCCCGCCCUGAAGUACCGUGAAACUUCUGAGAUAGAACUAUUUUUGCCUUAUUUAUAGAAACUGACACCUAGCAUAUUUGAGCCAAAGUUGUAUCAAACAAAUAAUUCAGCUAUCCAAGUGAUCUCAGGGUUCCCUGGUGGCUUUGCUGCCUUCCCCCCAAAUAGCUCCCGAGGGAGGGAGGGAGCUUGCCUCAGGGUGGGCCGCUCCUCCUGCCGUAGGCCAUUUCUCUUGUGAUGAGGCUUGUGAAGCCGAGGAGACCCUGCUUCUGUUUGCUAACUCCUUGUGAAGUACAGUUCCCAUCUGGAGGCCCACAUUUUCACUGUGCCGGAGUUUGGGGUGAGUGAGGGCAAAUGCAGCUUGUUACUCUUGUCUGCGUGGUGGUUGGAGCCGGGAGCCGAGCUGUGGGCCAUCGCGCUGAGAGCUGCUCCAGACAGUGAAGGACAGUGCUACUCGGGUGUGCUGCGCAGCUGUGGCCGGCUGCCGGUGUGGCUCUGCCCUCGGUGCUUCAGCGUCUCCGUGUGCCUGCAGAUGGCACGGCUCCGUCAGCCCUCCUUGGGAGCUGCUUUUGCCCCUCUUGGCCACUUGGUCUACUGGCUCAGUCACUGCUUGAAGCCCCCAUUUAAUUUUCUCUGGCAGUGAUAGCUCUUGCAAUUUCAGCACAAUCUCGUCUCCUCCCAGACCAAUCUCUUCCAGAAGGAUGAAGGGAUAACUAUGGGGUGAGCUGGCCCGUGGAGCCAGGUCUGCUGCCUUGUCAGCGUCUGACUUGGCAAAUACCAAGCUGUAAAUUGGCCCUAGGGCUCAGGGUUUCGUCAACAUCGGAAAUCCAUCGCCUCUGUUCCGUCUGGUCAAGUUGGGUAAAGUGUGCCUCCCACUAAUGGGGGUCUCAGAAGCACGUGGUCUGAAACGUUGCCCGUUCACUUUCCCACUACGAUUGCUUUCACGAGACCAAAGGAACAGAGUGACCAAACCUAGGGAAGUGAAGAACUUUAGAUUCCUGUCAGCACCCCCCACCUUCUUCCCAAAUUAUGAUUUUUAAUGUCUUAGGAAGGGGGUUUUGCUGAGAGUCGCUCUUUGGCCCCAGUGUUCUACUUUGUGCUAAUCUAUCCCAUCCUCGAGCCCAGCCCCCUUUUCCUCAGUCCCCAGUUGGUAUACACCACAGGAAGCUUGAUGACUGCAAAGGGCCCAAGUAGACUAGAUAGCCGGCUCUCCCACUGCCUGAUAGAAAGGAGAAAGCCUUGGGAAUGGGUUACACAAUCGCCUUCAAUCUUUUUGUUUUUCCAGAAAAAGAUGAGCUCAGAUGGACGCCCACGUAAAAAUGGUUCCUAACUAUGUGCCCAUAACGUUUCCCUGAAGUGAGGAGUGUCAAUCGAAGUAGGAGGAAAGGGAGGGGAGUCAGUGCCCUUUUAGUAUCUCUCUGGACUCCGGAUUGGAAUGCCAGGGGUUUGAGCUGAACCAAGGACAGGAGACUUGGACAGAUCCCUGGUGCUUCCAUGUUCUGUAGGCACUGGGCCCGAGUCAGAAGCGUGUGAAAUAGCCUUCUUUCCAGCACAGCACAGUGGGCCCUGGUUAUGAGCUCUGUGGAAGCCAUGCCGCUGUGGUGUCCUCAGUGCCUUUGCUCCUGGGUUCAGGUCACUGGAGCUCACCUGGAGGUGGUUGCCGCCUUGCAAAGGGGUACCUGGUGCCUUAG